AAUAGGACAGAAGGGACUUUGACGCAAUUUGCAAAUGGCCGUGAAAAGGAUUGAGCUUGAGGGUGUAUGAAGUACUAAAUGUUGGAAGAGGCCGUGCUAAAAACUUGUGAUUAAUCCCUAGUUCAGUGUAGUGUUAUCGGAAAGAUACAAAAUGUGCCAAAAGGAUAGGAUCCAGUCUUAAUGGUGGUUUAGGAAGCGCCGAAAACCACUGGAGGAACUACCGAAGUGAUCGCUGAUUGUAGGCUUGGUGCCGAGUGCGUGCAAGAGUCUAACGUAAGCAAGGAAAAGUUUCUUCGCCAAAAAUGAACGAGUUAGACAGCCUGCGCCAGGAGGCGGAAACUCUUAAGAAUGCUAUCCGGGAUGCCCGUAAAGCGGCAUGCGACACGUCGCUCGCGCAGGCGACGGCCAACCUGGAGCCGAUCGGGCGCAUCCAGAUGCGCACGCGCCGCACGCUGCGCGGACACCUCGCCAAGAUCUACGCGAUGCACUGGGGCAGCGACUCCAGGAACCUGGUGUCGGCCAGCCAGGACGGCAAGCUGAUCGUGUGGGACAGCCACACCACCAACAAGGUGCACGCCAUCCCGCUGCGCUCGUCGUGGGUCAUGACGUGCGCCUACGCGCCGUCCGGCUCCUACGUGGCGUGCGGCGGGCUCGACAACAUCUGCUCCAUCUACAGCCUCAAGACACGUGAGGGUAACGUGCGCGUGUCUCGCGAGCUGCCGGGACACUCCGGCUAUCUGUCCUGCUGCCGCUUCCUCGACGACAACCAGAUCCUCACCAGCUCCGGUGACAUGACUUGCGCCCUCUGGGACAUCGAGACGGGCCAGCAGUGCGGGCAGUUCACGGGCCACACGGGCGACGUGAUGUCGCUGUCGCUGGCGCCCGACCAGCGCACCUUCGUGUCGGGUGCCUGCGACGCCUCCGCCAAACUGUGGGACAUCCGCGACUGCCAGUGCAAGCAGACCUUCCCGGGACACGAGAGCGACAUCAACGCCGUCACGUUCUUCCCGUCGGGCUUCGCGUUCGCGACGGGCUCGGACGACGCGACGUGCCGCAUGUUCGACAUCCGCGCCGACCAGGAGCUGGCCAUGUACUCGCACGACAACAUCAUCUGCGGCAUCACGUCCGUCGCCUUCUCCAAGUCCGGCCGCCUGCUGCUGGCCGGCUACGACGACUUCAACUGCAACGUGUGGGACUCCAUGAAGAGCGAGCGCGCCGGUAUCCUUGCCGGCCACGACAACCGCGUGUCGUGCCUCGGCGUGACGGAGAACGGCAUGGCCGUCGCCACCGGCUCCUGGGACUCGUUCCUUCGCAUCUGGAACUAAGCCCCCACACACCCACACCGCCAACACCCGCCCCCACACCUCGUGCUGUACGUCAACUUUGAAACAGGCAUAUGAUUGAAAUAAAUAAAUACAUUUUAAGAGGAAUGAAAUUUAAACCGUUAUUGUUAUAAUGUAUCGGGUUAAAAUUUUGGAAAAUUGUGUUCACCGCUUACGACUUGAUGAAAUUGUUGCAAGCGAUUCGUUUAUAAGAAUAAAAACGAAUCGCUUGUCUCGAACGAUCGACGUGUCAAAUAUUAUCGCUCAAAUAUAAGAAACAAAUUUUGUAUGUUAAAUCGAAAAAAUACGUCAAAUUUCAAAGUUGACGCGCGCCACACACGACGCGCGCUUCGCUAUCCGAACAAAAUGGCCGAACACAUAAAAUGGCGCCUAAUUUAUAAUUUUAUAUGAAUAUCGAAAGCGCGCGUCGCUUCAUCCCAAUAUGAUUGAUGCGGUGCAUGAAUGGGUCGCGUAAAUGCUUUUUCUAUGCGAAUAUAUAUAUAUUUUUUAUUUGAUGAACCUACCGCGUCCCACUCAUUUAAAAUAAACCUUACCUCUUUAUAUAUAAAGGUCAUGUUCGAACGCUUCUGUGUUUAAUUUCGCGGGGCGGUACUAGGCUGUAAGCUCGAUGCUACUCUGAUCUGAUUACCAGUUCGACGCAAUUUUAAACCCUGUCGCGACGUAAUAGAGUCGUUUGUUUACAGGGAACGACUUUCUUCGCUUAUUUAUUGUAUACAUAGGAUGACGCAUUUAAGGGAGAAUAUAGUUAACUAAGUGUGAGAGAUGUGUGUUUGUCGAUCCACUGUUCAUGAUAUAUUUAUAUAUGUAAUGUACGAUAGAAUAGACCAGAGUCCGUCUGCGGGCGGAUAGCGCGGUCCUUCUUGUUUCUUUUGAUUGAUACAAACGUCGCACAAAUAAACGUGAGUGCAUAAAGUAUCGUCUCUUACUAAAGAACCAAAUAUUAAUAUAAUCAAUGUGUAAUUUAUUGUAUGGGAAUUUGUUUGUCGCUAUAUACUUAUAUAUAUACAUAUAUUUAUAUUAAAUGAUUAAUUCUGGGCUAAUUUAUGAUUUUGAUUAUAUUUUUUUUAGAUAAGAUUUACUCCGUUUAUGUAACAGAUCGAGUUCAUGUACAGAUUUCUGAUUGAAUCAACAUUUGCUCGUAUCUCGAUUUUUAUACGAAUAUUUUUUAACACAAUUUCGGUUACUCGACUCUCGAUUGGUCAUUAACCUCGUAAAAAUGGCGGAGUCUUAAAUGUUGCCAACACGAUACGGGUCUACCAUGUUAAGAAAUAUUCGUAUGAAAAUAUUAAAAUUCAGCAUAGACGUAAGUAGGGCGAUUUGUAUCUCGUUUACAAUAAACAGUUUUAAUAAUUGGUAUCGUUUGUUAUCUUUCUACAAUAUCCAUAUUAAAUAUGUAAAUUAUAACGGAAAUUGUUCAACUGAAAUAUUGAACAGUUUUCGUGAGUAAAAUGAGAAUUUUCGUAUUUAAAAUUUGAGGCAUUGAGAUUGUCAGUAAUUAUAUGUGUAAAAUGAUAUUUAAUAAAAAAAUAAAUAGUCACAGGAUAUAUAACUAAGUAAAAUUAAUUAUCAAUGUCGGAGAUAAUGAGAUUAGAAAAAAAAAUAUCGCUGUAAUUAUUUUCAUGAACAUCGUUAAGAAAUUUUCCACUUUUCUGAACUUAAUGUUUAUACCAGUGUAUGUCAAUAUCGACUUUACGUCAGUUGACACACAAUCUAUAUUAGUAUGAAGUCACACGUGUAUUAUUCAAUCGUGUUUUAUACUUACGCUUCUCUGACUUGCACGUGGAAAUGAAUCAAAACAAAAUAGUACUUAUGUUCACUUAAAUACGAUUGAUUAUUGAAAUCCUCAACUUAAAAUAGGAAUCGUUUUAAAAUACACCGUGCAAGUGUCAAGAGGGAGUAUAACAAAUAUUUAUCGAGACGUAACAUCGUGUCUCCGAGUUAAUUUUACUAGACUAAGCUAGAUAUAGGAAUGUAAGCGUUAUUUCUAGGAAUUUUUAACUUCAACAUUCUGUGUUGCUAUUUAAAAAAAAUCGUGAACGGUUGACGCCAUUUUUUUGUUGUUGUAACAAUUUCGGUGAGUAAUGUAACCUCUGUCGCAGUAUUUGUUUGCAGUAAGCACAAAUGUUUUUUUUUUUUUAAUUGUAGGUUGGCUUUUUUAGAUCGAUGGAUGGUUGUCGCGCGUUUAUUUUCAUUUUAACUUAAGCCUUUUUGUCUAGAUAGGUUACAAUGUAAAGUGUAGGUGUUUAUUGUUAAGGCAAGCGCGGGCAGACACGUCUACACACCAAAAGGUUUACGUGGAUAUAAUAUAUGCUUAUAAUUUAUCGCACAUAUAAUAACCAACCCUUUGGUAUGUAGGUUCAAAUAUAUCAUGCUCAAUUGUAAAACUUCUCGUCAUAGCACAAUAUUUUGGAAGAAAAAUUACUGGUUUUUAUAUAGUUUAUAAAUUCCGUACUCACUUUUUUAUUCAUUGAACUAAGACUUCUAAAGACAAGAGUGGUUAUUAGAAUGGCAUAUCAAACGAAACGCACCGCCAUUUUGUAUUAAAAGAUUUCUCACUGACAUGUUCGUGACAUUCUUUUUUUAAUUUAUCUUUUUCUAUACUCUUUCCAUUCAACAGAUAGAUUUAUAUUACGCAUGAAUAUAUUUGUCUAUGUGUAAGGAUGUUUUGCAUUAUGGACGAUGUUUUUUUUAUCUGUCCAAUUCGAGAACUGUCAAGGAAGGCGGGAAAAUUGUCACGAAACGAGCCGUCACGUUGGACAGAUAAAGGAAGGCCAUUAUUUAAAGUUAGUUCUUGUCUGCUAGAAUACGCCUAGAAAAUAAGACUUUUUUAAAAAUAAAAAAAAAUUGUUUUCUACUGUAUUGGCUUCUUUUCAAAUCGGUAUAAGAUAAAGUACGAUAACACUAUUAUUAUUAAUAUAUAUAUGAAUAUUUAAUGGAUAGUUUUUAUUGCUCCUCUUUGGUUUAUAUUUUCUAUUAUGACCAAUUUUUCUCACUUUUACAUCGUCUUAUUGGAAAGGACUGCCAUAUUUUAACCUGUUACUAUAUAACUAUAAUGUAAAUCUUAAUUAAAAACGGGGCUUGAUGCGAGCACACCUCAGAUAGGCUUAAUACGAGGUGGAUUUUUCGGUCGUUCAAUAACCUUUAUUGAUACCGUUAUAAGGUUCAUUAUAUACUGAAUGUGAAAUUAAUUCGAUAUAUAUGAUAUGGAAAAUGUAUGUCCCGAAACGUAAGACCUAUUCCUUUGACACUUAAUAUUUAAAAAAAAAUAUGGAUUUUUUUUUUGUAUAAGUUAACUUUUAUUUGCUAGUCCACGUCUUGAUAUGUUUAAAAAUAAUUAUUCUUAGUGGUGUAAUACUAAUUAUAAUGUACUGUGUAAUAUAUUUUUUUUAGUUAUUAUCAAUAAAUUAAAAUUUGUUUAUUUUA